AUGUCGGAGGCACCCCCCCUCCCGAGUCUAGCGAGGAACAGCCACAUCAAACAUUGCAAGCUCUGUUUGUCUGGGCUCCCCUCGUCCCAGGUCGAGAUGGAUUCGUCCCGGGCGGCGGUCGGAUUUUAUUGUCUCGGAGCGUUAGACUUGCUUGGCGCGAAGAUCACUGAUGCAGAUAGGGCGGCGUGGAGGAAUUGGCUGUGGGCCCAGCAGACCAGAGGAAAGUAUGGGACGGGCUUCAAGCCGAGUACAUAUAUGACGCCCGGAAAUGAUUCGGACUACUCCGAAUACGACACGCCUCAUCUGAUUAUGACCUACACUGCCAUGCUUUCUCUGGCAGUUUUGCGUGAUGAUUUCGCCAGGCUCGAUCGUCCCGGGAUUCUUCAUCUCAUCCGUGCAUGUCAGCGAGAAGACGGCAGCUUUUCCGCGUUGCCGGUCGGCGGCGAGGCGGACCUUCGGACUGUCUACUGUGCAUUCGUGAUCAGCAGUCUGCUAGACGACUGGUCAGGAAUGGACGUCGAUAGUGCUAUUGCGUAUGUAAGACGAUGUGAGAGCCAUGAAGGGGGAUAUGGCCAGACGCCAUUCGGCGAAGCUCUAGGCGGGACCACGUACUGUGCUGUCGCAUGCCUCGAACUCGCGCCAUCGACCGCGGCGUCGCCACGAGAAACUCGCAUGUCGCCAUCCCAUCGCGAACGCACGAUCCGCUGGCUCCUCCACAACCAGACCGCAUCAGGUGGCUUCUGCGGGCGCACGAACAAGGCAGCGGAUGCCUGCUAUUGCUUCUGGUGCGGGGCUGCCUUGAGUAUCCUGGGUGCGGCAGACCAAGUGGACUCGGCCGCGCUCGCGAGAUUCCUCGCUGACUGCCAGUUCAAAUUCGGUGGUAUUGCGAAGGCGCCCUCCGAACGCUCAGAUCCGUAUCACACAUACCUGUCCCUCGCGGCUCUUGCGAUCUAUCCGCCACCAGCCGCAGACGAAACAUGGAAGCUGCCUUCUCUCAAUGUGCUAUGGAAUGCGACCACAGAGACAGCACGUUGGGCACGAAAGCACAUCCCUGCAUCAAACUGA